AUGGCUAAUUUGGACAGCGGUAAAAAUGAAGAAAGUGGUAAAAAUGAUAAAAAAAAUGUUGGUAAACCGGUUAAACCUCCUGGUUUAUUGGUGCCUUUCGAUUGCAGACCACAAAUUGCUUUGGAGGAAUAUAUUAUGGCUAAACAGACUGCUAAAAUAUCAUAUAGGUUUCCAGAAAAAGAUGUAGCUCGAAGUGGACCUGGAAUGGCUUUAGUUUUAGUCAAUAGAGAGUUGGAAGAAGCUCAAAGACAUUUGGAAAAUGUUAGGAGAUUUGCAGCAAAAGAGCACAAAAAAAUCAACAACAAAUUAAGAGAAAUUCAAGAAAUCGAUCUUCAAGUUCGACACAACGCCUUGAGGUAUAACAAGCUGGUCAUCGAGAAUCGAGACAAGAGAGAACGGUCUGCAAAAGUGCUAUUUUUAAAAAAUGUUGCAAUGUUACGAAAUACUAGAUACCAGACACCUAUGGAUAUUUUGAAUCAUUAUGAAUCGAUAAUGAUGUGCAAAGAUAGAAUUUACAAUGAACAACAAUCUGAAUUGAAGAAUUUAAAUGGUACUAUUGAUGAGGUCAGAAAAUUGGAGAUUGAUAUGGCACCAGAAGUCGUUAAACAUAAUGUUAUUAUGCACGAUUUAAGAGAAACUUAUGAAAAAGCUAAAAAGACCACCAGCUACUGGGAAACAAAAAUCGAACGUAUCAAAGAAGUCAUCCAUACAUCCAAUCUGGAUCUGAGCCAAAUCCAAGGAGCAUGUUGGCAAAUGUAUAGAUUUUUAUCAAAACAUAGAGGUGAAAAAUUAAAGUUGCCAAAGGACAAUACAUGCGACCAAUUGGUGUAUAUCAAAAGAGGUGUCCAGGAAUUAAAAUUAAUUGUCGAGGAAGCCAAAAGGAUCGAACAGUUGGAAGAGGUUAGUGGUAAGGCUACUGUUGGAAGUGAUCAAACUACUGAGAUAGUUUGA